GCCCCCCAGAAAAUCCCGACCGCCGGAUGUGAGGUAUACAAAUGCUCGUCUGCAUCAUGGCAUGGAUUUGAAGCCUCGCUGAGAAGGAGAGAUAAAGCAGGUCUCGAGCUGAGGAGUCGCAGACCGGGAGUUCGAGAGCUCGAAAGACACUCGUUUCGGCGGACCUCGGCGAGUCGCGUGCGUGCAGGGACACCGGACGCGGGGCAGUGAGAGAGAAUGGCACUCCAGUACGCUUUGAACCGGCUGUUUAUCGUCACGGCCAACAUGGGCACCCUUUUCGAGAACGAGAGAGUGGAGGAGAACUGGCUGGCAGAGUUUGAAAAGGUGAUAUCUCAGGCAGAUCCUGACCUAGUGGCACUACACUGUCAGGAAAUAGGAGGGAAGGACUUUGAAAUUCAGAUGCCUAAAGUCACAGAGUUUGUCAGGUAUACUGUACUGUAUGUGUACAGUUGCACACCUUGCACAUGAUUGACA